AUGGGCAACAGACCACCAGAAAAUUGGCGAAUGCCAAGGCCAAUGCCACCACAACACACCCCUGAAACGGCUAUCACCAACUAUGUAAGAGAGAUGAGCAUGGCCAUUGCUACGCAAAAUCGACAAAAUACCGAGAUCUAUGAACGCUUUUGUGCCAACAUGUCCAUUGCUACGCAAAACCGACAAAAUGCCGAGAUCCAUGAACACUUUUCUGCCAAGAUGGCCAUUGCUACGCAAAAUCGACAAGAUGCCGAGAUCCAUGAACGCUUUUGUGCCAACAUGGCCAACGAGUCACGACAAUCCAAUCGACACGACAGUCGUCCUGAGUACAACAACAAGUAUGUCGAGCCCGCCUUUGACUCCCACGAUCCAUACGGGACAGAGAGCAACAACCAAGACCAUUUUCAGAAUAACCAGGCCCCCUACGAGGGUGGAGGCAACAACCAGUCGGGAGGAUUCAGGUACAACAACCAACAUGCCGAGCCCUACUUUGACCCAAACGAUCCCUACGGAACAGAGACCUACGCACAAGUCCCUUAUCAAGACAAUAACAAGGCCCCCUACGGGGGCGGAGGCAACAACCAGUCGAGGGGACGGCGCAGGUACUUUGUCGAGCCCGCCCCUGAGCCCAGCUUUGAAUCCUACAACCUCUACGAGACCGAGACCAACACCCAAGCCCCUUACCAAGGCAACAAUCAGACCCUCUACGAGGGCGGAAGCAACAACCAGCCGAGGGGACGGCGCAGGACCUAUGUCGAGCCCCCUCGAGAGCUCGGCUUUGAAUCUAUGAAUCCCUACGGCCCACGACGAUUCAAUCGACGCGACAAUCGUCCCAAGUACAACAGCGACUAUGUCGAGCCCCCCCGAGAGCCUGGCUUUGAAUCUAUGAAUCCCUACGGGCCCGAGAGCAACAACCAGGGCCCUUACCAAGGCAACAAUCAGACCCUCUACGAGGGCGGAGGUAACAACCGGGCUCCUCAUCAAGGCAACAACCAGCCCCCCUACGAGGGCGGAGGCAAUCACCAGUCCAGGGGACGGCGCAGGACCUAUGUUGAGCCCCCCCGACAGCCCGGCUUUGAAUCUGUGAAUCCCUACGGGCCCGAAACCAACACCCAAGCCCCUUACCAAGGCAACACCCAGGCCUCCUACGAGGGCGAAGGCAACGACCAGGCCCCUCAUCAAAACGACCAGGCCCUCUACGAGGGCGGAGGCAACAACCAAUAUGCCGAGCCCGGCUUUGGAUCCUACAGCCCCUACGGGACAGAGACCAACAACCAAGUCCCUUUUCAGGGCACCCAGAUUCCCUACGAGGGCUGGGGCAACAGCGAGGGUUGGGGCAACAGCGAUGCUGGAGCUCAAGCAGAGACAAGCAACCAAGGGAAAGAGCUGUUCCCAAGGAAAAGAGAAAGAGAUUCUCAAAACUCGCAGGCCCGCAACAACCGCAGUCGCUCGCGGCCAUCGCAGCGAGAGAGAAGCCUUGCGGACCGUAUUAGCUUGCCGCCGAAAGCGAAGAUUGUUCUUCACACAGUUGUCGAAAGCCCGCGACUGGGCCAGCCUUUUGGAGGCAAGUACAAGAUGACAGAAGAGGAACAAGAAGAAAUUCAGCUCUUUGGCGACGACGACGUAUUUGAGAAGGACCGUUUCGCUAACGACAACCAAUGCGGCAACUGUGGCCACUAUGGUCACUGGCUCGGCGACUGCGCCUUCCCCGACGAUCAAGGCACCAUCAUGGGUUGCCCGCUGUGCAAUACCAAGCUGCAUUUUUGGGACAAUUGUCUGAAAAAGGACUCGCUUACAGCGAGGCAGCAGGUUGAGUUGAUGCUGCUGAGGCGCAGAAGAAAGCCCAUGAUCCGCUCUUCGACAUCUCUACGAGAUCUUAUAGCGGGUGCUCUAUGGGAAGGAAUGGAGAGCUUGCUCAACGAAAAAGGUCUGCCGUGGACCCAGGGCUACACGAUGAAGCUCAUCAAGAAGAGAAGAAACCAGCCAUGGCUAAAGUUCGACCCCUUUGAGACGGAAAAGUUUCCUGAAGACCCUGAGACUAAAGGAGAUGUGCGGGACGUUAUGGAAAGGUCCAUUGCUGAGAAUGAAUGCCAUCGCCCACGCGCGAUGAUACAACCAAAGAAGCGACGAGGGUGA